AUGGGAAGAUGGUCGGUAAUAGCUGGGAGAUUGCCGGGAAGAACUGAUAACGAGAUCAAGAAUUAUUGGAACACUCACAUAAGAAGAAAACUUAUAAAAAGAGGAAUCGAUCCCACCACUCAUAGACCACUACUCAUGCUCCAAGAAUCAGUUUCUCAACAUUCUAAGCCCCACUUAGACCCAACCACUAGCACCUUCGAUAUCUCCUUCACUUCUUCUCCAAAAGAAAGUUUCGCUUUUCUAAGGAAAAAUUCAGUUGAGACGUUUUUUACGUUGAACGAGGAGAAAGGCGAGUGUCCAGUAGUUGAGGAAAUGAUUCCAGAGUUGAACCUGGAACUAAGAAUCAGUCUUCCCUAUGAUCAUCCUCAAAGCUCCCGAAACGGAAGCUUGGGGUUGACCAACAAGCGAGAUAAUGAGAUGCUAUGUAGUUGGAUAUAGCAGCGACAGUAGCAUUGAACACGAUUUUAUAUAUAGUCUGGAAACUUAUAAGACGGAUUCUCAUAUCUUGGGGGUUUUUAGGAGCUUAUUGUAUAUUAUUUUAUUCUUUUGAAGAAUGUAAAAUUUAUUGAUCCAAAAGAAUAUUUUUUACAAUAAAACCCAUUGCAUUUUGAA